AUGGGACAAAUUUUAUCAGAACCAGUGACGACAAAGGAGUCGGCUUAUUGUCAAAAUUCAGACUUGACUGUUGGCUCGAGUUGUAUGCAAGGAUGGAGAAUAAGCAUGGAAGAUGCUCACACUCAUAUUUUGUCUCUUCCAGAAGAUCCUCAAGCUUCUUUUUUCGGUGUUUACGAUGGGCAUGGAGGGGCUAAAAUUGCUCAGUAUGCUGGAAAGCAUUUGCACAAAUUUCUCGUUAAACAACCUAAAUAUAUGGAAGGAAAGUAUGAAAAAGCUUUGAAACAAGCAUUUUUAGAUAUAGAUUCUGCAAUGUUAAAUGAUAAAAGUUUAAAAGAUGAAUUUUCCGGCUCAACAGCUAUAGUAUGUUUAUUAAAAGCCAAACAACUUUAUGUGGCUAACGUUGGUGAUUCAAGAGCUAUAGCUUGUGUAAAUGGUAAAGUAGAUGUAUUGUCAAUCGAUCAUAAACCAAGUAAUGAAACUGAAUUAAAAAGAAUAACAGCUGCUGGAGGUUGGGUGGAAUUUAAUAGAGUUAAUGGUAAUUUAGCACUUUCCAGAGCUUUAGGUGAUUUUUUGUUAAAAAGAAAUGAAGAAAAAAUACCAGAGGAACAAGUUAUUACAGCUUAUCCCGAUGUUCAAACAAGAACCAUAACACCGGAAUGGGAAUUUAUAGUAAUGGCCUGUGAUGGAAUUUGGGAUGUUAUGACAAAUGAAGAAGUUGUCGAUUUUGUGAGAAAUAGAAUCGGUGGAGGGAUGUGUCCGGAAGAUAUAUGCGAAGAUUUAAUGAGUAGAUGUCUUGCACCAGAUAUACAAAUGGGUGGUUUGGGUUGUGAUAAUAUGACAGUGAUUAUCAUUGCUUUCCUUCAUGGAGAACCGUACGAGAAUCUUUGUGCCAAGUGCGCUUCCACAAAAUCAGUUGGUUACCCCACGAAUUGA